AUGGACCAAGCACCGAGCCCUCCUCCUAAAUCGACCCAGCACGAACCCAUCAGCUUCGGAAUCGAUCAGAUCUUGGGAGCCGGGACGGAGUCAGACAACGGGCCUGGAAGACAUCGCAAUGUAAGCGGCGGGGACGGUUACUACAGCUUAGGGAGCCCGACCGGGAGCAGCGCGCCUGCCUACACGGCUUUGUCCAUCUCCCUGUCCGGUGUCAUGCCCCCGGCGGAGGCGUCGGUCUCGUACGGGGAGAGCAGGAGUGUGGGAAGCCGAGGAGUGAUUCGAGUGCCGGCCCACAGACCUAUGGCAGCGCCGGGACCGCAAACCCCGGUUCAGAGCGCCGUGCCGGGCUUUGGGGGUCUGUGUUUCCCCUGGAUAGGAAACCGCUUCGCUAAGGAAAGAAUAUCUGCGGCUCUGGUUCCAUUCUCGGUGACGCGGCGGAUAGGCCACCCGUACCAGAACCGGACGCCCCCCAAAAGGAAAAAGCCGCGCACGUCCUUUUCAAGAGUGCAGAUCUGCGAGUUGGAGAAACGUUUCCACCGCCAGAAGUACUUGGCCAGCGCCGAGAGGGCAGCCCUUGCCAAAAGCCUCAAAAUGACCGACGCGCAGGUCAAAACCUGGUUCCAGAACCGCAGAACCAAGUGGAGGAGGCAGACAGCGGAGGAGCGGGAGGCGGAGCGCCAGCAGGCCAAUCGGCUCAUCCUGCAGCUGCAGCAGUCCGCCCUGCACAAGUCCCUGGGCGAAUCCGCUGUGUCUGACCCGCUGUGCGCGCACAAUUCCUCCCUCUAUGCCCUGCAGAACCUGCAGCCAUGGGCCGAGGACAGAGAGUAG